AUGACUCGCAAGUUUGUUUGUCAUUCUCUCCUCGCGGCAUUAACCCUCGUCGCCGUCUGCUCUGCAGCACCAGCACCAGCACCCUCGCCUCUACUCCUUACAGACCCAGACCCGGCCUCCCUUGGCUCUCUUAGCAUCACUGGCCUUGACCCCACAAAUCUCCUAGCCAGCCCUGACGCGUUUGGAUCUGAUCUGGAUGCCCUUGACCUAACUUCUUCAUCUAACCUCUUGAGCGGAGGAGGAGGUUUCGGCAGUUUCGCGUUUCCCAUUCAAGUCGCAGGAACAGGAGGUUUCGUUAACCCUGGUUUCUCUUCAGACCUUCUACGCGGAGGAGGAGAUCUCGCCAACCCUGCAUUUACUCCAGACCUUCUGAGCGGAGGAUUAGGAAAGGGCCUUGACAGCCUCGUUGCGCCACCUGACCAGGUCGUCCCCUCCCAGACUGUCCAACUCACCAGCGAAACCGAGGUCAUCCCCACCACACGCAUCCACCCAAACCUGAUCUUCCAGCCCGCGAUCCAGCUCUUCGACCCCCUUGUCAACAACGUCCAGACCCCUGGUGUUGGACCCGCGUACACCAAUGGCUUUGUAGGUAGUGGAAGGUUUGGUCUUGCAUCGUUCAAGAAGCGUCAGCUUGGCAGAGGGCCUAUGGGUCCUCCAGGACCUGUUGGUGGCCCCGGUGGUUCACCCUUAACGAUCGUGAAUGGAGCCCCUACGGAUGUCUCGACCGACACGUUGAUCCAACCGAUCGUCAACAUCCAGCCCCACGCUCUUCAACCUGUCCCAGUCCCCGUUAGUCAGCCCUAUAACUACCCUGUCCCUGUUGGUAUCUCGGUGCCCGUCGGUCCUGUCGGUCCUGUUGGUCCUGUUGGUCCUGUUGGUCUUGUGGGCGGCGGCGGCGGCUGCUGGGGCGGCGAUUGCGACUGGGGAAAGAAGGGGGGAGGAUGGCGCGGUGGUGAUUGUGGCGGCUGGGGCUGUAACGGCUGGGGUAGUGGGGGGCCAUGGAGUGGAAACAGCUGGGGAGGUGGGGGACCAUGGGUUGGAAACAGCUGGGGAGGCAGUCAAUGGGGUGAUGAUUGCGAUUGGGAUUGGGGUUUUGGCAACGACUGGAGCUGGUAG